GGCCCGGCUCGCGGCCGUGAGGACCGCUUCCGGGUCGCGCUGCCGGAAGCAGGAAGUUGUUGGCCCGUCCUCCUCGCCCGGCGACUGGUGUCCCCGAGGCGGGAGGAGCCCGAGAGGGCGCGGGCCCGCAUGCUUGCACUGGGGGUCUGGAAACAUCUCCCCCAUCGCUAACGGAGGAUGACUGUAUGUCAAGGGUGGGACAGAAGCCUUGGUUUCCUGACUCCCCGGUGACCCUGCCUGUGCCCUUGCAGAGUUAAACCACUGUUAAAGAGUCAAGCUCAUUCCUCCGAACUUCCCUCCGAGACAAAGCUCCUUUCUGCCAGGCUGGACCCUCUUUCUGGAGGCAAGCAUUAGUCUACUUCGUAUCUUGUAGACUCGCCUGCUCUUGGGUGGUCUUCGUGAUUGUCUUCCACGCAUCACAGUGUUUUCAAGGCUGGCCACAUAGCUUGUAUUAGGACUCCAUCACUUUUUAUUGGCCUGUGAUAUUCCGGAUUUCCUUUUGGAAGACAUGGAUCUUGCUGCUAAUGAGAUCAGCAUCUAUGACAAGCUUUCAGAGACUGUUGAUUUGGUGAGACAGACAGGCCAUCAGUGUGGAAUGUCAGAAAAAGCGAUCGAAAAAUUUAUCAGACAGCUACUGGAGAAGAAUGAACCUCAAAGGGGACCACCCCAGUACCCUCUCCUCUUAGCCCUGUAUAAGGUCCUCCUAACUCUGGGAUUAAUCUUGUUCACUGCCUACUUUGUAAUUCAACCUUUUAGCUCGUUAGCACCUGAGCCAGUGCUUUCCGGAGCUCACACCUGGCGCUCACUCAUCCAUCACAUUCGCCUGAUGUCCUUGCCCAUUACCAAGAAGUAUAUGCCAGAGAAUAAGGGCGUUCCCCUGCAAGGUGGAGAGGAAGACAAACCCUUCCCAGACUUGGACCCCUGGUCAUCAAGUGACUGUGAGCAGAACGAGUCGGAGCCCAUCCCUGCCAACUGCACUGGCUGUGCGCAGAUGUUACCCCUCAAAGUAACGCUCCCAGAGGACACGCCGAAGACUUUUGAGAGACUCCGUCCUCUGGUGAUCAAGACAGGACAGCCUCUGUUGUCUUCAGAGAUUCAGCAUUUCUCAUGCCAGUACCCUGAAGCCACAGAGGGCUUCACUGAGGGGUUUCUCACCAAGUGGUGGCGCUGCUUUCCUGAGAGGUGGUUCCCGUUUUCUUACCCAUGGAGGAGACCUCUGAACAGAUCACAAAUCUUACGGGAGCUUUUUCCUGUUUUUACCCAACUUCCAUUUCCAAAAGAUGCUUCCUUAAAGAAGUGCUUCCUGGUCCACCCGGAACCCGUGGUGGGCAGCAAGAUGCAUAAGGUGCAUGACUUGUUCACUGUUGGCAGCGGGGAAGCCAUGUUGCAGCUCAUCCCUCCUUUCCAAUGCCGAAGACACUGUCAGUCCGUGGCCAUGCCGAUAGAGCCUGGAGACAUUGGCUAUGCGGGUGCUGCCGACUGGAAGGUCUACAUUGUAGCCAGAGGGGUCCAGCCUUUGAUCAUCUGCGAUGGAACCACUCUCUCAGAACUGUAGCAAACAGCUGUCGCUGGGAACUACCUGAAGAGCUGAGAACCAGGCUGAAAAGUGGGGAGGGGAAUAAAUCGCUACAACAGUU